CGUCAGCUACAACGACAACAGCGAACUGUCACUAGAAAAAAGAAGUGGAACGGGUUAUUGUGUUCAAUUGAAGGAAGCUCCAGCAAGUCGCUCAGUGGGUAGCUGUUGCACCACCACCACCAAUACUACUACCUACUACUGCUACCACUGCUACCAAUAUUACUACCACCACUAACACCACCACCACCACCACAACCGCACUCAAGACAGCACAGCACAGCACAGUCCCGCCGAACAAUGCGAUUCCUCCACUCCUUCGCAGCGCCCCUCCUGCUCCUAGCUGCCAGCGCCGCUCAGGCAGCUUCUUCGUCCUGGGGCUUCGAAGAUGCGAAGCUCAUCGUGACGGCCAAGAAAGCCGGGACUAAGGAGCCCGACGUUAGACAGUUCAACGACAAGACUCCCGUCCUCCCAACUCCCGUGGUAUUCGAUAGCUCCGACACCUUGAAGAUUACCUUGACAGCCAAGGAGAACGGCAAGGGCAGACGUCCUCACCAGGCAUUUCUCAUGCUCCGCGAGCCGAGCUCCGGCCUCGAGGCCCCGUUCCCGUUAACCGUCAAGGACAAUGGCAAGGCGACCGUUGAAAUUAAACACAGCGACCUCCCCCUCCAACUCGCCACCGCAACCGCCCCCCUCAGAGCAUCCCUAAUCAUCGCCUCGUUCGGCUCCUCCGCCGGCCUCGUCAAGGACGUCUUCGACGUGGAAGUCGUGCGCGACCCGGCCGCCAAGCCCCUCGUCUACGAGAAGCCGCUGCGCUACGGCAAGCUCGCCGAGAUCCACCAUAUCUUCCGCGACGAUCCCAAGAGCCCGCCUAAGCUGAUCUCUAUCGUUUUCGUUUUUGCCAUUUUGGCCACCAUCCCGCUUUUACUUACUGCCUGGGCUCUCGUCGGCGGCAACCUCUCACAUCUGCCCACAGCCCUGAGCGCCGCCCCCGUUGCGCACAGCACCUUCCUAGGAUCUAUCGCCGCCAUGGAGCUUGUCUUCUUCCUGUACUAUUCUACAUGGAACCUAUUCCAGACCCUGCCAUUCAUCGGCCUCGUUUCCGUCAGCAUCUUCUUCAGCGGCUCCAAGGCCCUCGGCGAGGUCCGGCGCCGCCGGCUAGCCGGGGAGAGGUGAGCGGGACCUACUUAGUGGUUACCUACUUAUGUGCGGUUGUCGGUAAAAUUUUGCCCGUAUUAGGGAGGAUAGGUAGGAAGGGAUAAAGGGGUUCUCUAAUGUAGUCGGCCUGGAACGCGCGCGACUUGACGACAAUGUAUUUGUGGCGUCGACGCGCGAAAUACAAGGACUAUUAAAUUAAAAUUACGCUAGAUCAAAAAUAAAAUAAAAGGAUGUAUAACAAGGCUGAAGCACAUGUUUUAUAUCAAGG